AUGACAACAUUAUCUGUCAAUAGAAUAAUCUCUACUUAUUCUCACGAUGAAUACAGAUCAAUAAAUAUUGACGAAAACGAUAUUAAUAUAAUUCUUGUCUGCUUUGAUCCGGCCAAUGAAUUCCAUGAUGACAUUGAAUAUUUAAAUAAACGAUUAAAUCAAAUAAAUAACCCUCUUGUUUUUCAUAAUGAACUUGAAUUUUGUAUCACUUCUAUUCAAUCAAUAGAAAAAGAAACAGUCUUUGUCAUUACUUUCGAUUCAUUUGCUUCUCAAAUAUUGUCUCAUAUUAAUAAUUUACAUCAAGUUGAUUGUGUGUUUAUAUAUUCAUCGAAUAAAUCUCAAUAUGAACAUUUACUUUUCGAAUAUUCAAAAAUAAUUGGUAUUUAUGAUAAAUUCGACUUACUUUCUUCAUCAAUUGAAGAACAAAUUGAUUUUGUUGAGAAUAGAUUUCAUAAAUGGACUUUUUUUGAUCAAAAUGAAUAUUUAAUAAAAGAUUUAACAAAACAAUCAAGUAAUUUUCUUUGGCUUCAAUUAUUUCAUAAUGUUAUUUUGCAUUUAUCACGGGAUGAAAAAAGUAAAAAGCAGAUGAUUGAAGCAUGCCGUUUUUACUAUAGAGAAAACUUCAAAGAACUUCCACUGAUCGAUGAAUUCGAACAGAAAUAUCAAUCGAACGAAGCUAUUCGCUGGUAUUUGAAAAGUUCAUUUUUGAGAAAAAUAAUUAAUAGAGCUUUACGAAUGGAAGACACAGAUCUACUUUAUAAAUUAAGAUAUUUUCUUGCUGAUCUUAUUGAAAAUCUCUCUCGAGAACAUCAACAAAUCGUUCAAUCUGAUACAACAAAUUUAAUUCUUUAUCGAAUAAUGAAAUUAUCAAAAACUGAACUCAACAAAUUAAUAGACAACAAACAUAAACUUAUUUCAAUAAAAGAAUUUUUAACAGCAAAUCGUUCUCGUUUAUCAGCAUUGACUUUGACUGCACUAUCUGAAAAACAAAAUGAUCUUAUUACUGUUCUUUUUCAAAUUGAAUGCAAUCUACAAGAGAUUGGUGACUAUGUUUAUUUUGUUGAUAUAACUCAAUUCAAUGAAUCUUUACAUCAAGAAGAUAUUCUCUUUGAUUUAAAUACUACUUUUCGUUUGGAAAAUAUUCAAGAAGAAGAACACAUGUGGAUUAUUAAAAUGACUGCAGUUAAUGAUGGACAAAUUAUCAUACAAAAAUAUAUUGAUGAUAAUCAUCGGCAAAUAGAAGAUCUAACUAUUUCAAUUAUUUUUGGACAAUUAAUAUGUGACAUGAGUCAAUGGAAUCAAUCACAAAUAUAUUUUCAACAUUUGUUAAACGAUUCAUAUGGAGAAAAUUUAGCACAAAUAGAACAUUAUAUUGGUCAAACUCAUCAUUGGAAAGGAGAAUGGAUUGAAGCACGAAAGUAUUAUGAAUCUGCACUUAAUCGAAUAAUAGAAAAUGAGCUAAAUUCUAUCAAAUAUUCCCCUUUUGUACUCUCAGACAUUGGUGAAAUAUUGUAUCUUCAGGGAAAAUAUGAAGAAGCUUACGAUUUUCAUCAACGAGCAUUAACAAUACGAAAGAAAUAUUACUCUUCUGAUCAUGUAAGUAUUGCUUUAUGUCUAGAAAACAUUGGUCUUAUUCAGCAUCAACGACUAAAAUUCGAUGAAGCACUCAUCUUCUUUCAACAAGCUCUGAUCAUUCGAGAAAAAUAUUAUAACUUUCCUCAUGUCGAUAUUGCUACUAAUCUAUGGAACAUCGGUUAUACUUUAAUGGGACAAGAAAAAUUUAAUGAAGCCUUUGAUUAUCAUCAACAAGCAAUGUCAAUCUACGACAAAUAUUAUCCAUCGGGUCAUGUAUAUAUCGCCGAUACUCUUAAUAAUAUCAGUAUUAUUCUUAACCAACAGAUGAAGUACGAUGAAGCUCUCAUAAAUGUGCAACGAGCAUGGGCAUUGCAAAAGAAAUUUUAUCCAUUUGGUCAUAUCGACAUAGUGAUAAGUUUGAAUAACUUAGGAGACAUUAAAUUUGCACAAGAAAAGUAUGACGAAGCGCUAGAUCUAUAUCAACAACAUCUAUCAAUACAAAUGAAAUAUUAUUCGUCUGACCACAUAAGCAUUGUUUACACAUUGAAUAGAAUUGGUUUGGUUUUUCGAAAUGGAAAAAAGAACUAUGAUAAAGCUUUAGAAUUUCAUAGACAAGCUUUCUCAAUAUUAGAGACAUAUUAUCCAUCUUAUUAUGGUCAUAUUGCUCAUAGUUUCAUAUUCAUUGGUCAUAACCUAAAUGAACAAGGAAAAUAUCAUGAGGCUUUUGAUUCUUUUAAACAAGCAUUAGCAAUACAGGAAGAUUAUUACCUUUCUGAUAAUAUUGAUAUUGCUAAUAGUCUUAACAGCAUCGGUAGUGUUCUCUACCAACUGAAAGAAUACGAUCAAGCUUUCAAAUAUCAUGAAAAAGCACUUACAAUUCAACAAAAAUAUUAUAAAUCUAACAAUAUCAAUAUUGCUUAUACUCUUAAUUGGAUGGGUAUUAUCCGAUAUGUUGAAGCUAAGUACAAUGAAGCCUUCGAUUUUUCUCACAGAGCAGAAGAGAUUUGUAAGAAGUAUUCUACGUGUUUCCGAGAUUUUCUUGCUCAUGUUAUCAGUAACAUUGGAAACAUCUUAUUUAAGCAAGAAAAUUAUGAUGAAGCAUUUGAAUAUUAUCAGCAAGCUCUUGACAUUCGAGAAAAUUAUUAUCCAUCUACUUAUAGGAAUAUUGUUCAUACUUUGAAUGAUAUGGGCAAUGUUCGAAAAAGUCAAGAAAAAUAUGAUGAAGCCAUCGAAUUCUAUCAACGAUCCCUACAAAUCUAUCAGAAAUAUUCUUCAUCGCAUCAUUUAGACAUUGCGAACAAACUCAUGGAUAUUGGUAACAUUAAAUUUAAGCAAAGAAAAUAUAAUCAAGCCAUCGAUUAUUAUCAACAGUCAGUAGCUCUUCUUAAUGAGUAUUAUCCUAACAAUCAUAUUAAAAUUGCUGAUGGUCUAGAAUGGAUUGCAUCUUGUUUGAAUCAAGCUGAAAACAAUGAUGAUUCUGCCAAAUAUCUCGAACCAUGUUUACGAAUUAAAGAAGCUAGUCUCUCUCCGGAAAAUUUGGCCAUUGCUAAGACUCUUUCAGCUUUCUCUAUCGUACAAGAAAGUCGACAUGAAUAUGAACUUUCUCUAGCAUAUGAAUUGAAAUGCUUUUUAAUGCACGAAAAAAUUCUUCCACCAGAUCAUCAAAAUAUUGGCAAAUCUUUGUGCAAUAUUGGUGGAAAUUACGAACAUCUUAAACAACCUAAGCUAGCACUUAACUAUUAUAAACAAGCAUUAGUUGUCUAUGAACAAUGUUUACCUGCUUCGAAUGAAGGUCGUUUACAAUUAGAAUCGGAUAUUCAACGACUUUUGGAAGGAUAA